CGCAACGCACCCACGACAGCAUGAACGCGGUGCAUCCAGUGCUUCCCCCUAUUGGUGGAGACAAGGGCAGUCGAGGGGGGGGCGGUGGGAUGCUUCCCCCCAUUGGUGGAGACAAGGGAAGUCGAGGGGGGAGCGGUGGGGGUUUGAAUGGCGAUCGGCGAGUGAGUGCCGGUGGUAGCAGCGGGUCGUUUCCCACGACAGCGCGCGAGCGACGAAUGAGCACCAUCCAAGUCGUCAAGAUGGGCAAGAGCACUCGGAACAUGAUGAAUAAGCCCGUGGUGAUGCUGCCGGAUGCGGCGGCCAUGAGCGCCGACAUCACAGAGGAGCUGCGCAACACAGCGCCCAACAUGGGCCGAGACGUGAUUGCCAUCUCAACCACGGCGACCCCCGUCCAAGUGAGCAUGAGUCCACAGGAGGAGAUGAUGAAUCACGCGCAUUUGGAAAAAGCGCUCAAAAAUAAAGGCGACAACACGAUACGAGACUCGGAGUCGGUGAAAGAAGAAGUCAAGCACUGGCUGCUCGAGAAGCAGUACAUCAUGCACCCCCACGGCCGCGUGCGAUUGCGAUGGGACGUCGCGUGCAUCGUGCUGAUCUUUUACAAUGCAUUUGUCAUUCCUUACCAAGUGUCCUUUGAAAAGACCGCAGCCGACAGCGCGUGGAGUGUCACGGUGGACUAUUGCAUCGAUGCCUUUUUCGGCGUGGACAUUGUGGCGAAUUUUUUCACUGGCGUCGACAUGAAAGGCAAAGUGUACUUUGACAUGGCGACUAUCGCCAAGCGCUACUUUAGCACUUGGUUUGUCGUGGACUUCUCGUCGACGUUUCCAUUUACGCAAGUGCUGGCGGCUCAAGACGAGCAGCUGGGCAAGAUCCUCCGGCUGUUCCGGCUCGUGCGGCUACUGCGGCUGUUCCGCAUGAUUCGAAUCCUCAAUCGACUGCAACAUGCGCUGCUGAUCCGGUCGACCAUCAGCAGCCUCUUCCGCUACUGCCUCACAGUCGUGUUCAUUUCGCACUGGUUUGCCUGCUUUUUCUUUUGGGUGUCAUAUCAAGACUCGACGUCGAUGGAACCCCCUGUGAACACGUGGCUCAAGGAAAAAUCGCUCUUUUCCGCCACGAUUGCCGACCAAUACGUGGCGGCGCUCUACUGGGCCAUCAUGACGCUGGCCACGGUGGGCUACGGCGACGUGUCUGCCAUCAGCACCAACGAAAGACUGUUUGCCAUCUUUGCCAUGUUUGCUGGCGCAGGCAUCUUUGCGUAUGGCAUCACCAACAUUGUAGCACUCGUGUCCAGUUUAACCGCGCACGAAACAGCCUUCCGUGAGAAAAUGGACGAAAUCAACGAGUACAUGGCGGCGCGGGACUUGCCGCGGCAACUUCGCAUUGAAAUCCGAGAGUUUUUCCAGAAUGCGCGCAAAUCCAAAGAGAAUGACAUGCUGCAAGAGCAGGAGUUGCUCAACGAGUUGUCGGCGAUGCUUCGGUCCAAGAUUGCGCUGGCGAUCAACGAUCAUUUCCUUUGGAAGUUUCCGUUCUUCAAGGGCAGCGACCCCAACUUUAUCAUGGAUCUGGCGCUGAGCAUGCGCAUGAUCUGCUUUGCGCCGUUCGAAGACGUGUGCGUGGAGGGCGAGCUCGGCCACGAGAUGUUCUUCAUCUUUCGCGGCGCCGUCGAGGUGCUCAAGGACGGCAUCCAACUCACCGUCCUAGGGGAAAACCAGUACUUUGGCGAAAUGGCCAUCUUGAACAAAGAUUGCAAGCGCAUGGCGACGGUGCGGACGUUGUGUUUCUGCGAGCUGCGCAUGCUAUCUCGGGUUCGGUUCUUGGAAGCGCUCGUGCAUUUUCCAAAGAUGAUGCAAAAGCUAGCCAAUUACUCCAAGGCGCGGGCACAGGCGAAAAACAACUUGGGGACGCCGCAGUCUACUCAGCGCGACAGCACCGACGACGACACGCGCGUGGUCGGCCGCAAGAACUCCAAGCCCAAGAACCCAUCGUAUCGACUCAACUGGAAGAGCUCCAUCGAGCCAGACCACGAGGGGUUAUCUGGGUUCGGCAUGCACUCGGGGGGUAUCGGGGCCGAGGCGGUGCUGCAGCUGGACAGGAUCAAGCGAGUCCAGGAAGUAUUGACUGGUAAAGUGCGAGAUUUGCACUCGAUGAUGGAUAGCAUGCUGUCUACGCAAGCGGCGGACGAAUCGCCGCCAAGAUCCGAACAAACAACGUAG